AACUAUAACAAACAUCAUUUGCCAAAAGAAAAUUAAAAAUGCAUGAGAGGAGAGGCUGAGGAAGACCCUCUUAUCCAAUCCCUUUUAUGUUAUUUGAUUUUCAUAAAUCGCUGUCAUCCUUUUCCUACACUGAGAAGCUUGUGAUUUAUUCGUUGCUUUAAGACCCUUCAAUGGACUUGUCUGAAACUGUACAUGUCACAGGUUGUAAGAGGUAAUAAAGAAAGCUUUCUGCCUCCUACUUAGAGGUAUAUUGACACUGAGACCAGACUCAAAUUGAGGGUUUUUGAUUUUCUGCUCCUAUACUUUGAAUAGACAGACAGACAGAGAGACGACCCUUUUGCCCUUUUCUUACAUUUACAUACCCUUGCAAGAAUGGUCAAACAGUUGGAAUCCAUCUCCCUCCAAAUCACGACCAUUUUCUUGAUUUUGUCAUCGUUUUCCCAAUUAUCCAAUUGCUCACCACAGGAGACAGAAGCCUUGCUGGAAUUCAAGACACACCUUAUUGAUCCAACCAACAUCUUGGAAUCCUGGAAUGGGUCGAAUCCCCCCUGCCAAUUCUAUGGAGUCACCUGCGAUCAACACACAGGUUUGGUGACUGAAAUUUCACUGGACAACAAGUCCCUGUCAGGUGUGAUAUCUCCAUCACUUUCUGCGCUGGAAGAUCUCACUUCCUUAGCGUUGCCAGCAAACCAGCUGUCGGGAUUCCUUCCAGGGGACUUGAUUCAGUGUAAGAACCUCAAAGUCCUGAAUCUGUCUGGUAACCAAUUGAAUGGAACCAUUCCUGAUCUGUCCACGUUGUCCGACUUGGAGAUUCUUGAUUUAUCAGACAACUUCUUUUCCGGGGCAUUCCCUGGAUGGAUUGGGGAUUUGACAGGCCUGAUCUCGUUAGGCCUUGGCAACAACAACUUUGACGUGGGCGAAAUCCCCGACAGCAUUGGCAGGUUAAAGAAGCUGCAAUGGCUUUACCUUUCUGGCUCAAACUUGCACGGCGCAAUCCCCGAAUCGAUCUUUGAACUGGAGGAGCUUGGAACUUUGGAUAUGUGCAAUAACAGGAUCUCUGGAAACUUCCCGGCUUCGAUAAGCAAGAUGAAGAGCUUGUUCAAGAUUGAACUUUAUAAGAACAAUCUGACUGGUGAGCUUCCUCCAGAGCUUUCCAGGCUGACACUUCUGCAAGAAUUCGAUGUAUCCAACAACCGAAUGCACGGAACAAUCCCUCCUGAGAUGGGAAGCUUGAAGAGACUAACUGUGUUUCAUUUGUUCAGCAACAACUUUUCGGGGGAAAUCCCGGCAGCCUUUGAGGAAAUGGAGCAUCUCAUCGGCUUCUCCAUCUACCGGAACAGCUUCACCGGAGAAUUCCCACAGAAUCUUGGCAGAUUUUCGCUGUUGAAUAGCAUUGACAUAUCGGAGAACAAAUUCACCGGUGCAUUUCCGAAGUACCUGUGCCAGAAUGGGAACUUACAGAAAUUACUUGCCUUGGAUAACAACUUCUCAGGGGAGUUUCCGGACACUUAUGGUGAAUGCUAUCCUCUGCAGAGGUUGAGGAUCAACCAGAACCGGCUUGGGGGUACGGUCCCGGAUGGAGUUUGGGCACUUCCAAACAUUCAGGUGAUGGAUUUCAGAGACAAUGAUUUCGCCGGAGGAGUGCCUCCAGGCAUUGGAGCUUCGCUUCAUUUGAGCGAGAUCAUGCUGUCAAACAACAGGUUUUCGGGGGCAUUGCCGAAGGAAAUUGGGAAGCUUGAACAGCUGGAGAGGAUUUACUUGGAUAACAACAGAUUCUCAGGAAGAAUUCCAUCAGAACUUGGAGGUUUAAAGCAGAUAUGGUCCUUGCAUUUGGAGGCGAACGCGUUUACUGGAUCGAUACCUUCUGAAUUGGCGAGCUGUCCUCGCCUGGCCGACUUAAAUCUUGCGUCGAAUUCCCUGACUGGAACCAUUCCCAGCAGCUUCUCCAAGAUGGCCUCAUUGAAUUCCCUGAACCUGUCAAGAAACAUGCUCAGAGGACCAGUUCCAAGAAGUUUCGACAGGCUGAAGCUAUCAUCAGUUGAUCUGUCUGAUAACGAGCUGUCCGGGAGCAUUCCGCCAUAUCUUCUAACAUGGGCUGCCGAUAGAGCAUUUUCAGGAAACAAAGGCCUCUGCAUCGACGGCGAAAGCAGUAGAAAGUAUGGGAACUCAGGGCUGCCAAUAUGUGAUGGAAGAAACAGCCACAAGAAUUUCCUCAAAAGCAAACUAGCUAUGUUCUGCGUCAUUCUAGUCGCGCUCGUGGUGAUCUUGUGCGGCUUACUUUUCAUCAGCUACCGGAGCUUCAAGCAAAACCAAGAAGCGAACGCACGUAGUAGGAAAGCUAAAUUUAUAACCUCGAACUGGAAGCUCGAAAGCUUCCAAAAAGUUGAGUUCAAUGUGGAUGAAAUUUGUCAUCUUGCUGAGGCCAACUUGAUCGGAAGUGGAAGCACCGGGAAAGUGUAUCGACUAGACUCGAAGAUGGGCGCCGGGACCGUUGCAGUGAAGCAGCUAUGGAAGGGGAAUGGAGGGAAGCUCAUGACAGCAGAAAUGGAGAUUCUUGGCAAGAUUAGACACAGAAAUAUUCUGAAACUUUAUGCUUGUCUACACAAAGAAGGAUCGAAUUUUUUGGUGUUUGAGCACAUGGCAAACGGUAAUCUCCGGGAGGCACUCGAUAGACACAUCAAGGAUGGCCGGAUAGAGCUCGACUGGCAUCGAAGGUACAACAUUGCCGUCGGUGCUGCAAAAGGAAUCGCCUACUUGCACAACGACUGCAGCCCGACGAUCAUCCACAGAGACAUCAAGUCGACAAACAUAUUGCUGGAUGACGAUUAUGAGGCUAAAGUCGCCGACUUUGGCGUGGCUAAAGUCGCCGAUGAAGUGUCGUGUUCGGCGUCGGAGAUGAGCUGUUUCGCCGGAACUUAUGGAUAUAUAGCACCUGAGAUGGCCUAUUCGAUCAAGAUAACAGAGAAAUGCGACGUGUACAGCUUCGGGGUGGUGCUGCUGGAGCUGGUGACGGGAAGGAGAUCGAUCGAGGAGGAUUAUGGGGAAGGGAAGGACAUUGUGUAUUGGGUUUCGACUCAUUUAGAUAACAGGGAGAAUGUAGUAAAAGUUCUUGAUCCUGAGAUUGUUUGUGAAGCAGUUCAAGAUGAUAUGGUGAAGGUGUUGAGAAUUGCCAUGCUUUGCUCGUCGAAGCUUCCGAAUCUGAGGCCUAAUAUGAAGGAAGUGGUGAAGAUGUUGAUCGAUGCAGAGCCUUGCUUGCAGCAGCUUCAAGUUUCCAGAGAAGACGAUGAUGAGGAUGCUCUGUAGGGAAGAU